GCUAGAACUCUCAAUAAUUAAUGAUUUUCCGCAAAAUGAUACGCCAGCUUCACACACACAAGAUCAAAUGUCAAUCAUGUAGCAUUAUACAAAAUAUUUUGUACCCAUGUAACAAAAAAUACUAACAUAAUUCACAUUUGAAGCUUUAAACUCUUAUAGCAUACUGAAAUAAUUGCAAGAUCGUAAAUACAAAUGUACGUGAUCGCUGACAAUCACUGGAACAGAUUUUAACAGAAGAGGAUGCUUGUACCGGAUGUAAGUUAUCCGCGGUCUUAGUGCUUAGCAAGAGCAUUGGUUGCCCUAGCAAUUCCAGAAUGGAUUCUGAGGAAAUAACAACCCGUAGUUAAUGGAUCUGCGAUGAUCAGAACUAUAAUGAGCGACGGGAUGUUAACGCGUUAAUCAUGUUCGCGGUGCAGCGGUCCGCGAUUGCGCCGCGCACAGAGGCCGAGCAAGAUAGUCCAUCUCCGCAAUCCAUUUUAUUCGGCAUCAUCCAGCUCGCUGCCCCAAGCCGGCCGUGUCAAAGUUGCUGGAUCAGAUCGAUCCAUGCCGACUGCGCGCUUCGUUUCUGGCUGUUGGGUCUGUCGCUUUGAGUACAUUUGCGCUUACAGUUCGACCGCAACGAACGUUAGGAUCGAACAGCCGCGGCCGUUUGUGUUCCCGUCAGAUUGUACGUGGCCGAAGAAAAGAUGACUGACUGGCCGCGCUCCCGAAACAAUCAAGAGAACUAUCUCGUAAUCAUCUGGAGUGUUUUUAACAGAACUGUGCUGUAUCUUUACAUUCAGACGUAUUAAGGAUCACGUCACAGAAUAAUGAUUCGCAUUCUCUUGACUUGAACAUAUCUAAUUUAAAAUCAUUAUUAUCAUGAUAUUAUUUUUACUAAUUAGAGAAAAUUGUUAUAAUAUUUUAAUUUAUUUAACUUGGAGCAAAAGUAAAACCUGUUUCUUGCACAAUAUUAUCACGAACAUUAUCAAAGAUAUUUUGCAGUUAGUGCGUUCUCUCGCCUCUGUUUUCCUUUUCUACGUUUCUCCCUCAUUUCAGCCACCUAUGUCGUCUAAAUUUAGACGUUAACGGGCACGUUUCGCCUCGCGACAUCGUGCAUCACUCUUAUUUCAGACGACGGGUGAUAUUACACCUUCGGAAAUUGUGGUUCCUAACAAUCGACGGAUAUCUACUCUCGCCGCGUGCAAUCAGCCGUAAUCACUCAGCCGUGUACACGCCGCGUGCUUCCUGUACAAGCGGCGGCAAAAAUUUACGACCGCCGCGGCAAGUAUCGACUACGCUCGUCGCUCCUCGUUCUUCCAUUUCAAUGAUGACCAUGUCCGCGAUCGGCCAUCGGCCUUGUUUUUUACAUUCACCACCCCCUUUCGGACGAUCCAAAUCUCCCCGAACCGCCUGUGCUCGCUGUUCAAGGGAACACGGGAACCAUUCCGCUUUUGUUUGAAAGAACGCGGACGCGCAUUCAACGCGCGAGUGGCGAAGCUACCCUCCCGAGCAGCGCAUAAUGCGCUUCAUUGUCUGUGAUGCUGCCUUUAUGCACACACGACUCUUCUCCGUCUUUUCUCGCAUGAGAAUAACCACGGAAAAAUAAUUGCACGUCGUAGCGUUAAUCGAGGAAAAGGAAGCAAGAGAAGGACAGAAGAAUUUCGUUAGAACGUCCCGACAUGCCAAGAAAACUCGCUACCCGUUCGUUAAAUGGGGAAAAAUUAGCCGCACUCGUGAGGGCACCUCUCGUCAUGCAGAUCGCCCGAGGAAAUAUCCACCUCCAUCGUUCGAAAAUCGCGCGUCAUAAUCCCGCGUGGUAAGGACCACGCUCUGAUUACAAGCGACGCCGAAUUGAUCACGGGUAACGACGCGAGGGCGUCGCGACUGGCUUCGAUGAGACAAUCUGAAUACUAGCGACCGCUCUUGACUCGGGAAAAAGUGUCAACCUCCGAUCUGCAUCGCAUCGCGAAUCCUCACGAGUGGCUUCUCGGGAUCGAAGUUCUCAUUCGGGGGUUGGAGAACACGAGAACGAGACCACUCACGAGGGUUACCCUCGCUCGCGCAUCGCUCGGGUGAAAUGCUGUCACGGAAACGGGAAGACGUUGCCGUACAAUUAGCGCUAAACCUCGUUAAUCCUCGCGUCUCUUCAAUCUGCAUCUCUUUGUCCCUUCUCUCCCUUCCUCCAUCGCAGGCAUGAGUGCGGAUCGUACGCACGUACUCACGGCGGGGAUAAGAAUCAAUGCGCCCUUAGCGAGGCAACGGGACGGGGUCGGAGGUGAACGAAGGGUUGGUAAGCGCCGCAGUUUAUCCCGCGAGUCUGGCCGUUAAUACUUCAGUUUCGUGUAUUUACGACACCGAUCAAUAUCCUAUUCCUAUCCCGCUUUGUGCCGGAAGCGACCCAGAUCCACGCUGCUACGCCACUACGGUUUAAGGUCUGUCGCAUACAUGUGUGUGUGUGUGCGCGAGCAGGUAUGCAGCAAGGAGAAUACGUGACAAGUCCUGCCGCUGGGUCACGAUAGACGCACGCGUAACGAAGCAGAGGUGUUCUGCAACAACAUCGUCGGUGCUACGCCGAGAACCUGCUUCUGUUUGUACUUUGCAGCGUUUGAGUUUUCACAGUUACGACAUUCAUUAAUGUCCACAAGAGACGCGCAAACGUGUCUUUAUCAUUUUCGACGGUUGAUCUGUGCUGUCACGAGGGGCUCGUCCGCGCGUUUGGAGGGAAGAUCACCUUCGACUGCAUUCAACGGACCGUACAGCGGCUUAUCGAGUUGCCGGGACAAAAAUAUAUGUAGCGCGCCAACGCUACACGACCGCCUAACAAGAUGGACUACAGUUUUGUCCAGUCAAAUGGUUCUAUUGGCACAUGUCGCUGGCUCGUAACCAGAGUCGUGAUCGAUCUCUAUUUGUAUCGGCCGGCAAUCGGAUAUUGGCCGUACGAAUGUAUGGAAGAGAGAAAAGUUCCGACCAAGUUCGCAUUGUCGCGAGCUGCUGGCGAGAAGAACUAGCUCGAUUCCGGAGCUUCAGCUGGGCUGCACCAAGAACUGCAUCAAACGCUGCAUCGACCGCGCACUCGCGUCAGCAACUCGACGACUAGCUUCGAAGGAUGCUGAUGUACAACGACAACGGGACCGCGGCCGGGCCGUUGGCUUUCGUCAGUCGGGUCGGGGAGGUGCAGCCGCUGCAGGAACGAUUCCUAGGGUGGAACUUCCUCGCCGAGCACGCAGACCUCGUGCAUCCGCAUUGGCGCGCGUUUCUAGCGCCCGGAAAACUAUGGCACGUCGCCCUCGCGCUCAUUUACCUCUUGCUGCUUAUGUUCUCCCUCCUCGGGAAUGGCACCGUCAUCUGGAUUUUCAGCACAUCAAAAUCACUGAGGACACCGUCGAACAUAUUCAUCCUGAAUCUAGCCGUGUUCGACCUACUGAUGGCAACGGAGAUGCCCAUGCUGAUCAUAAACAGCUUCCUGGAACGAACAAUUGGUUGGGAAACCGGAUGUGACGUUUAUGCUUUGCUGGGCGCGAUCUCCGGAAUGGGACAAGCGAUCACCAAUGCGGCGAUCGCUUUCGAUCGAUAUAGGACAAUCAGCUGUCCGAUUGACGGUAGGCUCAACACGAAGCAAGCCAUGGUGAUAGUUCUGUUCACUUGGUGUUGGGCGCUACCCUUCUCGAUACUGCCUAUGACGGGGUUGUGGGGUCGAUACGUCGCAGAGGGUUUCCUCACCACGUGCAGCUUCGACUACCUGACGGACGAUGAGGAUACGAGGACCUUCGUGAUAACGAUAUUCUUCUGGGCGUAUGUUCUACCGAUGCUGCUCAUCAUUUACUUCUACUCGCAAUUGCUCAAAUCUAUUCGUAGCCAUGAGAAAAUGCUGCGCGAUCAAGCCAAGAAGAUGAACGUCAAGUCGCUCCAGUCGAACCAGGAUAAAGAGAGGAGCGUCGAGAUGAGAAUCGCGAAGGUCGCCUUUACGAUCUUCUUCCUCUUCGUCCUCGCGUGGACGCCGUAUGCGGUCGUCGCCUUAACGGGAGUGUACGGAAAUCGCGAGACGCUUACUCCACUGUCGACAAUGUUGCCGGCCAUAUUCGCCAAGAUAGUGUCGUGUAUCGAUCCGUGGAUAUACGCGAUCAAUCACCCUAGAUAUCGGCAAGAACUGCAGAAGCGCUGCAAGUGGAUGGGAAUCCGGGAAGCGGGGGCCGAGGACACCGUAUCGGCGCAAACUGAAAAGAUCAACACGGAAGAAUCGUAAGAGCCUCCCUGAUGAUCAACGUCGUCGAUGGCGAUUGUCAAGAGGAUGCCGAUCGAUCGCGUCGCGUUCUCACCACGAAUACCACUGCGACCGGUCGCCUAGAUAUAUCUUUUACCUGUAAAGUACAUUUUGUGCCCGCAAAUGCAACCGUCGCGAAAAGAGAAUGAUGACCAAGGGAGAAUUGCACGGGUUGUUUAGUUCACGUAUGUCGAGCUGUUGCAUAAAUAUAAUUAGAGCAGAUAUAAAUGCAA